AUGACGGCAAACAGCAAAGCAGCAACCAGCAAAGAAGAGCCCGGCCACGCGCCUUUGAGUGUAGCCAACACCGCCAGCAAUGGACCACCAGACGCCCCUCCCCCAGCCUACCAAUCUCACCCCCUCGGCCCUCUCAGCGCCUCCGAAAUCACGCAGAGUUCCUCUCUGAUCAAGACAUCAUGGCCCUCGGGAACAGAAAUCCACUUCAAGAUCAUCACCCUUCUCGAGCCAGCCAAAGCCCAGCUCAUGCCCUACCUCGUCGCCGAGCGAGCCGGCCAAACACCCCUAGAUAUUGACCGCCGGGCCUUCGUUGUGUACUCCCUCCGGGGUACCCACAACGUGCACGAAGCCGUCGUCAACUUGACCAAGAACACCAUCGAAAGCAACGCCAAGCUGGGUCCUUUCCAACAUGCUAACAGCGACGGGGAGGAGAUCAUGGCCGUUGAGAAAGCCCUUCUCGUGGACCCCAAGGUUCAAGCUGAGAUCGCCAAACUGAAGCUUCCGGAAGGGACACAGAUCGUUAUCGACCCCUGGAUCUAUGGCUCCGAUGGCAUCAAGGACGAGUCCGGGAAAUUCUACGAUGACCUCCGGGUAAUGCAAUGUUUCCUCUAUAUGCGAGACCCGAAUAACUCCUCCGAGGCAGAUUCCUGUCACUACGCCUUCCCGCUUCCUAUUUCGCCUGUCAUCGACCCUGUUACUUUGGAGGUCAUCCGCGUUGAUAUCCUCCCCACUGGACUGGACGAUAAGGUCGAGCCGGUGAAACCGUGGCUGCCACGGCCACCGAAUGAGUAUAUCCCUGAAGCGCAGGCCAGUCUUCGUACAGACCUUAAGCCUUUACAGGUUGUCCAGCCCGAAGGCGUCUCUUUCACCGUUGAGCCAUUCUCCGAGAUGGGUCGUCUUAUUCGCUGGCAGAAGUGGGAUUUCAAGGUUGGGUUCAACCAGCGCGAGGGAAUGGUUUUGUAUGACGUGCACUACAACAACAAGCCGCUUUUCUAUCGAUUGUCACUGAGUGACAUGGCGAUUCCCUACUCGGACCCUCGUCACCCUUUCCACCGCAAGGCGGCCUUUGAUCUAGGCGAUGCCGGCGCCGGGAUCAUGGCCAAUAACCUCAAGCUUGGGUGCGACUGUUUGGGUAGUAUCUACUACAUCUCCGGCGUCUUGACAGACGGCAGCGGCUCGCCGGUUAACAUGCCCAAUGUCAUCUGCGUGCACGAGCAGGACGCGGGUAUUGGCUGGAAGCAUACUAACUAUAGGACUAACCGGGCUGUGGUGACGCGGCAGCGGGAAUUGGUUCUGCAGACUAUUCUGACGGUGUCGAAUUACGAGUAUAUUCUGAGCUUUGUGUUUAACACCUCGGCUGAUCUUGCGUACGAAGCUCGCGCCACGGGGAUUCUGUCUACCCAGCCCGUUGACCUCGACUUGUCACACACCCCGCACCCCUACGGGACUAUUGUGCAUCCAGGUGUUCUAGCCGGUUAUCAUCAACAUUUCUUUUCCCUCCGAAUCGACCCUAUGCUAUCUACCUCCUCCGCACCUAUCUUGUCUCCUUCAACAGGCCCCCGCAACGCAAUCGCCUACGAAGAAUGCAUCCCCCUACCCUUUGACCCAUCCAACCCCUCCGCCAACACGCACAACCCGCACGGAACAGGCUACACCCUCACCACAACCCCCAUUACCACCACCGGCGGCUACGAUUUAAGUCCAUCCACCGGCCGAGUCUUCAAAAUCUUGUCCCCAUCCUCUCACAACCCCAUCAACAACCACCCAGCAGGCUACAAGUUACACAUCCCCUCGAUGCAGCCGAUCCUCGCCCACCCUUCCUCCUUCCACCACAAACGCGCCGAGUUUGCCGACCACAGCGUCUACGUCACGAAAUACCGCGAAGGCGAGCUCUAUGCAGGAGGGAAAUACACCAACCAAUCGCGCGGCGGCACGGGUGUGCGCAGCUGGGCGGACCGCAAAGAUCAACUGGAUGCUGACACGGGUGAUGAGCCGGUUGUGUGGGUACAGUUUGGGCUGCAGCAUGUACCAAGGACGGAAGAUUUUCCGGUUAUGCCGGUUGAGACGAGCAGGGUGGUGUUGAGACCAAGUAACUUUUUUGAAAAGAAUCCCGCGUUGGAUGUGGCUGAGAGUAGGCAGGAGGUUAAUUGUAGUGUUGGGUUGAGUGAGACGCAACUGGGAGGGCAAGGGGUGGUGGAGAAGGUGAAGGAGUUGGGGGAGAGGGUGUUGGGUGUUAGUUUGGGAGGAAGUGGGAGUUCGGGGGAGGGGGAUAAGUUGGGAGGGGAGGGUAGUGGGAAGGAUGAGCAAGUCCUGGGUGGAGAGGGAGGGAAGUUGGCGCCUUGCUGUGGGGGACAUGCUUAA